UUGCAAUAAAUUAGGAAGGAAACGUGCGAUCCGGCACAGUACAUUGCAACCGCUGGUCGGGAAAAGAGAUUUCGCCCGAUAGUUUGGCGGUUUAAAGUUGGAACGUGUUUGUGUGUGUGUUUGUGUCUGCCGGUGUGUGUGUGUGUCUGUGCUUCCCAGUGUGUGCAAUCGUAGAUCAGAAUUCCUGUUCGGCAGCAAGAAAGCAAAUACCCACCAUGGCAACAACGGUGUACAGCGGCUACUCAAUAAUGCAAAGCAGUAGAUGUCAGCCUGAAAUGGAUAGCAAAGCAAAGCAGGCGAAGGAAAAACCGAACACAGCAAGCCGACACCGCGUAGUAGGUAAUGAGCUGCAAAGCGUGAAACAACAAUCGUCCCAGCGACAGCAGGAGCCUUCUUCCCGUGUGCCGGACCGCGCCGAAGCAAACGUAGUGCCGACACAGAAGCAACCAGGAGCCAUCGGUGACACUAGCAGCAGCCGGACAGGAGGCACAACCGCAGCAACCAACAGCAACAUGAGCGCAUCGUUCAACCGUGACCGUCUUGGGCAGUGGCCCACCGGAACCGACGGCGAAAUCGCGGGUUCAAUCGCUGGCUUCGAUCGACUCCGCAAUGGAAAGUUCAAUAAGGGUUUGUCCUUCAGCAUCGAGGAGCGCCAGGUGCUGGGUAUUCACGGGCUGAUGCCGGCAGUGGUACGCACGGAAGAGGAGCAGGUAAAGCACUCGAUGGAGCUGCUAAAGCACUAUACCGAUCCGCUGAACAAGUACAUCUACCUGAUGGGUUUGCUGGACCGGAAUGAGCGUCUGUUCUAUCGCGUGCUUGCAUCGAACAUUGGCGAUAUGAUGCCGCUCGUCUACACGCCGACGGUCGGGCUGGCCUGUCAGAAGUACAGCCUGAUCUACCAGCAGCCGAAGGGCAUGUACAUCACGAUCAACGACAAGGGUCACGUGUACGAGGUGCUGAAGAACUGGCCGGAAAGUGAUGUGCGUGCGAUCGUGGUAACGGACGGUGAGCGGAUCCUUGGAUUGGGCGAUCUCGGUGCGAACGGUAUGGGCAUACCGGUCGGUAAGCUCGCGCUGUACACCGCACUCGCCGGCAUCAAGCCGAGCCAGUGCCUGCCGGUGACGCUGGACGUCGGUACCAACACGCAGAGCAUCUUGGACGAUCCGCUGUACGUCGGGUUGCGGCAUCGGCGCGUAACCGGUCCCGCGUACGACGAGUUUGUGCAGGAAUUCAUGGAGGCAGCGGUCCGCCGGUUCGGUCGCAACUGUCUGAUCCAGUUUGAGGACUUUGCCAACUCGAACGCGUUCCGGUUUCUCGACCAGUACCGGCACGAUUACUGUACGUUCAAUGACGACAUUCAGGGUACGGCAUCGGUUGCCGUUGCUGGGCUGUUCGCUUCGUUGCGCAUCACCCGUACGAAGCUGGCAGAAAAUCGGGUCCUCUUUCAGGGUGCCGGCGAAGCAGCGCUCGGCAUUGCGGAACUGUGCGUGAUGGCGAUGAAGCGGGACGGGCUGAGCGAGGAGGAAGCGCGCCAACGCAUCUGGCUCGUCGACAGCAAGGGGCUGAUAGUGAAGGAUCGACCGGCCGGUGGUAUCAGUGGCCACAAGCAUCAUUUUGCGCACGAACAUACACCGGUCGAUACGCUGGUGGAAGCGGUCCGCGUACUGAAACCGACCAUCCUGAUCGGGGCGGCCGCCAUUGCCGGUGCGUUUACGCCGGAAGUGUUGCGUACGAUGGCGACGAACAACGAGCGGCCGGUCAUCUUUGCCCUGUCGAACCCAACGAGCAAGGCGGAAUGUACAGCGGAACAGGCGUACGAAUAUACGGACGGGCGGGCCGUGUUUGCGUCCGGGUCACCGUUCGCACCGGUGACGUUCGGUGAUCGGACGUUCUACCCGGGCCAGGGCAACAAUUCGUACAUUUUCCCGGGCGUUGCACUUGGGGUGCUGUGUGCCGGUGCGUCCACCAUACCGGAGGAAAUUUUCCUACUGUCCGCCCAACGGUUGGCAGAAAUUGUUACCGACGAUGAUCUGGAGCGGGGCAGCCUGUACCCACCGUUGGAAAACAUCCAGGACUGUUCGAUCAAAAUUGCCACCCACAUCAUGGAGUACGCGUACGCGGAAGGGUUGGCCUGCACGAAACCGGAACCGGACGAUAAGGAAGCGUUCGUGCGCACGCAGAUGUACGACGCAAGCUACAAAUCCGCCGUCCCGUCGGUGUACGCCUGGCCGAAGCUGUAAACAAGAAGAAAAAAAGAAACAUCCCUCAAACGGGCUCAAAUUAAUGUAUGGUUUCGCUACAACCCCCUCCUUCCCUUCCCCCCCCCCCCCCCCCCUCCCUCUUAUGCUACGUUUGUAAAGAUUUCCGUUCUUUUGUGGUGUUAUUUGUUUUGUUAUUUGUGGCGGUGUUAGGUCGUGUUUACGUUAGACGAAACUAUUAUUAAUGUUUGUUAAACUUAUUUUAAUUGUUUUUCUUUUUUAAAUGUGUUUGUGGUCUUUUUUUCUCCCUUUCCUUUUUUGUUUCUUUGUUGUUGUUUUUUUUUAAAACCCGUAAGCUUUAUUUUUCACACUGAACAUUAAAGCAUUACGUGUGUGUGACUUCAAGGUGAAGAAGGAAAAAAACACACACACGAAGAAAGAGACACUCCUGGUAGUUAAUAAAACUGUUAACUCAAUACUAAAUUAAGCACUAUUGAAUGUGGUGUUAAGCGGAUAAAAAGGUUAAACACGUCUACAGCAUCCUUACUUUGCGGGCCUAUUUUACUCGUACGUUUUCUCGAUGGAAAGUGUGCGCUUGUUAUUGUUCUCGUGCACAAUGCAACCAACAACAAAAACAAAAAUACAUAGCAAGAUUAAACUAAAACAAGAACAUAAAAAGAAAACAACACUAUCCUGCAAGCCGGCCGGCCAACACCCUCUAUAUACAUAUACAAAACUAUAUCUCUCGUAAAUGUUUAUCGAAGUGAAAGUGAUAAUAAAAUGUGUAAAUUAUAUGGCUAAGAA